AUGACAUCUAAAAGUAGAAAAAUAAUAAAUGAAGAAACAUCAGAGGAGGUGGAACUAUUUAACCAUUGUAAAGAAAUGGAAAUUGUUUGUUAUGCUAUAACUAAAGUGAUAGUAGAAGCUAGUAGUAAAUGGCACAGAACAGCAAAAUCUACGCCUUCGCUAUCUAAUAGAAAUUAUAUUAUGGAAUUGGUGAAUAUACAGGUACUAGAUCAAAUAAUAGGCUAUUUAACUAAGCUAGUUAAGUCAUUUUACAAAUUAAAUCCUAAAUUAGCUAGAUUAAAAAGAGAGAAUGAAUUAAUGCUAAGCAAACACGAUCAUAUAUUCGAUAAGUUGUGUAGCAGAAGAUUUAUAAUGUGUCAAUCUAUUAACAAUUUAAUAACGACGAUAUUAUCGACCUGUCUACGAAGAGAAGAUUCGAGGAAGAUGAUCGAAUCAUGUUUAUGUUUAGUGGGAAUAUAUAACAACUUGACGGGCCUUAGUUACAAAAAGUUUUCUGCUAAGUUCAAUGUCUGCAGCAAUACUUACCCAAAUGCAACCAGCGAAACAAAACCCAUCACGCUAACAAAGAUUGUUCAGAUCCUAUCAAAAAGUCGCACGGAAGUGAAUUGUCACCGUCUGAUCCACUGUCUGGUCCAAAUGUUUAAACCCGAAGAGCACCAAGAUAACGCGUCUUCAAGUAGCGCAGACAGCUUAGAAAUUUAUCACACCCUAACAAAACACAUAACGCCGCCAUCUUCAUCUGUAUCCAAAAUAGAUAGUAACAAACGCCGAGAAGCUUUUAUUGAGAACCGAAAAGCUAAAAUGAAGCAAGCGCAGAGUCUCAUCGAACCUAAGAAUGGGCAUAAGAAAUUGAGUGAAGUUUUAAAUCCACAGAAUUCUGACUCAGAAAUACCUUACACGUCACUUUUGAGUAACGAGUGUGUUUUGGAUGUUCUUCUUAAUGAAGAGAACGUAAACAGUAUUCUACAAAGCGAAGAAGUAUAUAUUGAAGUAUUGUUAGAUACAGUGGCAAACAUUUCGCCGUUGCUACUGGGGAAUAAAGGUGUUAAGAAACUUAAAUCAGGAAGGUUGCAAGCGAGUAAAAAAGCAGCUCAGAAGGUGACGGAGUAUUAUCAGAACAUUCUAUGGGGCGACGUUGGUAACUGCCUUGAACACAUUGUCUUAUGGUGGUCCUCAUUUCCUUUAGCCACAAGGUCACCAAGUGUCAGCCAAAACCUUCGUGAAUGGUUAUUCUCUAUCUUCAAUGUUAAUAACACGCCGGAUUUGGUACUAUCGGCACUGAGGAUUCUCGCCGAUGCUCUAGGCUGUCACGUUACUUCUACGUCGUGGGAUAAGCACUUCGGAGCAACAUUGACAACGAACUUAAGAACUACAUCGCUGGCAGUCUAUCCAGGUCUCUCCAUAAAUAUAACUGAAGCAACUGAAACCGGAGCAAAUUACGCCGUAAUGCUGCAAGAGCUGGUAUCUCUAAACAACCACUGCGAAGUGACAUGGGACUACAUAAUGGGCGCGCCUUUAGAAGAUUUACCUAUUGUAGAACAAAUACCUAUUUUACAUAGACUUGACCAUUCCAUACAUACUUAUCGCUUGUGGUGUCUCGCGGAAACCCGUAGACUUGCGAAUAACUGGGCAAUGGAGGAUUUCUUCCGCAUCGCACACAAAGACAUGGUCGCAUGUAUGGAACAACUUAAUCAGUUACGAUUCGCUGAUCAUACACUUACUAUUGAAUCAGGAAAAAUCGGCGUUCAUGAAAACGUUUGCGCAAAAAUGAGAGAAAAACUAGUAUCCGAAGUAAAAGUCAACAUUCAAAAAUUUAAGGAUGCCACAGAAGAAAUAAUAUCGGUGUUAUCAUCUGUGUGUGGAACGACAAGUCUGGCUCAUCUCACCAUGAUGUUCCCAAGCAACGCGGAAUGGCGGCGCGUCACUGAAUCGUUGCCACAAUAUUCUGCAUAUGUGCAUGAGUUUUUAGACAAAAUGCUACUCCCUGUAAUAAAAGCAACUGAUGACAUUACAACUCUAAACAUGGUGCUAAGAAUAAUGUGCGAAUCCUGGUUACACCAUAUUUAUGUGGCUAAAGUGAAAUUUACUAAAGUGGCCGCAGAACAAUUAUUAGUAGACUUCAAUGAGGUUCGUGUUUGGUUAAAUGAAUGUAAACUACUGACUACAACAGCAAGAAAACAAAUGUUGCAAAACGAAGUUUUAAGGCGAUGUGAAGGUGUCGGUAGGCUGUUGUUACAUGCGCCAGGAGAUUUAAUAUCAAUGCAAGAAUCUACUAUGCCGUCAGCGAAAAUACGGAAAGACGACAACGAAACUCCUGAUCAGAUGAUGCCCGCAGAGAUGUAUGUUCCUAAUCAAAAGCAAUGGUUGACGCUUCGUGCGAACAAACUAAGUGGACCCGUUGCAUUCACCCUUUGUUGCUUAGUUUUAUAUUAA